AUGUACAGUUUUAUGAAAAAACGAGAAUAUGGAGUGUUGAACCCAUUGCGAUUAGAGAGAGCAGAAACAACAAGACGAGUGUAUAGCUUGCAAUUAAGCAAAGACAAAGAGCUGGCUCUUUCUCACAGAGGUGGAGUGAAUUCAAUUAAGAUCGAGACGAUUGAACAGAGAUACCUACUAUCUGGAGGUGGCGAUGGCAAAGUGCAUGUGUUUGAUUUACAGGCAAUGCCAGCCGAGCACAUGAGGAAUGAGCCCAUUGCAAGCACAGCAAGAAUGGAUCGACAUAAAUAUGCUGUCACCUCAGUAUCAUGGUUUCCUUUUGAUACAGGCAUGUUUGUCACAUCCAGUUAUGACACAACAAUCAAAGUAUGGGACACAAAUGAGAUGAAGCCAGCCUAUGAGUUUGACAUGGAAGCAAGAGUCAAUUGUCAAUCCAUGUCACCGAUAGCAUCGCAUUCACUUGUAGCAAGUGCCGCUUCUGAGCCCAGGAUUAGAUUGUGCGACCUCAAUAGUGGUGCCUUCACCCACUCCUUGACGGGUCACUCUGGAUCGGUGUUGGCCUGUACCUGGUCCUUGAAUCAAGAAUAUAUUUUGUACUCUGGAGGCGAUGAUCGCACAAUCCGGGUAUGGGACAUACGACGAGCUUCUUCCUGCUUGAUGUCUCUUGACCAAGACAAUGCUGCGAUGCGAGAUCCCUUGGCAGAGACCAACACAGCACAUGGAAAGGGCGUAAAUGGAUUAACAAUGACACCAGAUGGUCGAUACUUGGUAUCACUCGGCUUGGAUGAAAAGAUCCGGUUAUGGAAUACAGAAUCGGGAAAGAACACAUUUGUAAAUUACGGGUCCAGUUGGAGAAACAGGUUCAAAUUACACAUGGAGGCAACUGUGUCUAGUGCUGAUGUCUGGCCGCCACUUUUGUAUAUACCCAGUGAUGACAGACAGGUGCUUGUCUAUCGAUUGCUUGACGGCGUGCUUGUUCAGCGGCUGAAAGGGGCGUAUGGUCGAGUGAUCUGCGUAGAGAAACGAGAUGCCUAUCAAGAAUACUACAGUGGAUCCAAUGGAGGAGAAAUACUAGUUUGGGAACCACCGAUACAAGGUGACACUCUAGAUACCAUGGAGGAUGUGGAUCUGGACGCUUGGAGCGUUAGUGAAACGGAAGAUUAA